AUCUGAGAACACAACAUAACUCCCCUCAAACAUAGCCGUUAUAUCUGGGAUGCCCUGCCCAAAGAUUCAAAAUCUAACGGUUAUUUCAAAACCCUAGCGCAGGGCGAAUUCCGACAUGAGAGAAACAAUGGCGAAGGAAGAGGAGUGCCCCCACCCCCAGAAGCCAAAAUCUGAAGAUGGAGAAAAAUCAAGCACUCUGUUUAGCCCUGGGUUCCGGUCCGUGGCGGCGAUGGCUGGUUGGGACGAAGAGGCGCUUCUGAUGGCGUCUCUCGUAGUAGAAGACACUCCCGACCGAAAUCCGGAACAGAAAAAACGCACUGGUCUCCUCAAUUCCACCACUCCAUCCACCAAAUCGAGAAGGAAAAGGAGGGCUCAGAUACGCGUGACGGUUCUCGAUCUCGAAGAAGUUGAAUGCGAGAAAAAGGAGACAGAAACCACCGAGUCCGGUGGAACUUCCGACAGUAAGAAAGGAGGAAAUGCUGAGUCAAAGGCAAAGGAACCAUCAAUCCCCUGCAGCAUUGAUAAGCUUCGUGAAGAACUUUCUUGUGCUAUUUGUUUGGAGAUUUGUUUUGAACCAAGUACCACUCCUUGUGGACACAGUUUCUGUAAAAAGUGUUUGAGAUCUGCUGCUGAUAAAUGCGGGAAGAAAUGCCCAAAAUGCAGGCAGCUUAUCAGCAAUGGAAGAUCUUGCACUGUGAAUACAGUUCUCUGGAAUACAAUUCAGUUAUUAUUUCCACAAGAAGUUGAAGCAAGGAAAGCUAGUAAUGGUAAAGUUCAGCAACAAAGUCCAGCAAGAACUCAUCAUCAUCAUCAUAAUAGUCGAAAUCGAAGAGUUGGGAUGUUAAAUAAUAAUAAUAGUCCAGAGGCAGAAAGUGAGCAGCAGCAGCAUCAAAGCCUGGGAAGAGCAAACACCAGCAGGAGUAGAGUAAGAAGAGAGAGUGGGAGGCCAAGUAGAGGCGAUUUCGUGAGUGUAAGGUCAAGAAGGGAGUUGCCAAGCCAGGAUGAGGAUUCUGCAUUGGCAUUGAGAUUGCAAAGAGAGGAAUUCAUGGCAGCUUUCAGGGAUGAUUCUGAGGAACAGGAGGAACAACGCAGGAGGACCUCCUCCCUUGCAGUGGCCAGAGCAAAUCUGAGAGCUAUGGCGUCAAGAGCCAUUAACAUUCGAACUAGAAGUCGGGGAACAUACUGAACUCUGGUUGGCAUGUUUUAACAAUUACUCUAUUGUUAUGGUUUUUUCUCCACCUUCUCCUCUGAAUGCCCCUUGGAGGUUAGAAUCCAUCUGUUAUUUUGUACUAAUACAUUGAAAU